UCUUCUUGUUUAUGUCAACUUCAGCUUUGCGGUACAUGGCGUAGGGUACUAUGGGUAUGUGGGGGUUCGUUUUGCUCGUUGACUGAGUAAGAUAUUGAACCUAAACUAUAUUGCAGGUGUCAUCAUAGGCCAUAGGACAAGUAAUCUACAGUGUGCGUGUGCAGCGAUUUACUGCGAAACAAAGAACGUGCUGCUUCCAUUUACAACAUGACUGUUACUGUUAUUGCUUCGUUCUUCUGUUAUGACACAGUAUGAUGCAUUGAUAUUCAGGCUGUCUCUGAUCGUGUCUAUUUCACGCUAACAAAUGAGAUUCAUAAAAACAAUAAGCCCUGAACGUCAGCAGUUUCUUCUAACGGUGGCGUCCUGUCGCUAACUUCUGCUUGUCUGUGGUCAAAUCUUCUAUCAACGACACUCAAAGGAUAACGCUGAUGUUCGCCUGUAGAGCAAUGUGUGUUUUUGACUUUGCCACCGCUAUUUGCCCGAGAUGAACAGUUCAAACGAUGACUAGCCAGAAAUCUGCCUUCAGCAGGCCUCGUUUAACGAAUCAUCAAUGCAGCCUCCCUACACGACGGUGGGGGUUCUACUGCAGGAAGAUGAUGUGGACGACGGGGUUAACGAUGUGGGGGGUUUAGUUGCUGAGCAGCAACACGUCGCCUUAUUACCGACGCUGACGACGCUUCAUGUCAACGACACGGUACCGGGGAUCGUUAGUGGAAACGGUUCCCUUUCGGAUGACCCGACCGAACACCGAAUCAAGGCAAUGCUAGAAAAUAUGAUGGACAAAACGAAGAUUAUGGCUAUCGAGGAAAUUCCACUUAUUAUUCUAUUAACGUUUUAUUCGGUGCUCAUCAUGACGGGAGCUAUUGGUAACGGUUUAGUUUGUGUGGCCGUUGCGCGCAAACCCGCUAUGCGCACAGCUCGCAACGUGUACAUCAUCAAUUUAGCAAUCAGCGAUCUUAUUUUAUGCUUGUUCACGAUGCCGUUUACUUUGGUCGAGUUAAUCCUGCGGUACUGGCCUCUCGGAACUAUCACUUGCAAGCUUGUUGGAGGUCUUGAAGCGACAUCGAUCUUCGUCUCCACGAUCUCUAUAACAGCAAUAGCGAUCGACCGAUACAUGGUAAUCAUCUAUCCGUCGCGCGAGACGUUUCAGCCCAGGACAGCAUUUUUCGGCAUAUGGUGCUUCGCCCUUCUGCUGGCAGCUCCGCUAUUUGCCUCGAGAAUCGUCGAAUACCCGGAGAUGCCGCCGGAAACUCGGCAGAUCCUUCGCGAUCGUGGUUUCGAGUUCAACGACGAUGUCACCUAUUGCAUCGAGAAUUGGCCACAUGAACGGGGCAGAUUCUACUAUUCGAUAUUUACCCUAGUGUUCCAGUAUAUGUUGCCUAUUAUUAUCGUUAGUUUGGCGUACGCGUCUAUCUGCCGAAAGCUGCAGUGUCGAAUGGCCAGUACGGGCUCAAAGCUCGAAGAUAAACUAUUGCGGGAACGACGACGGGUUCAACGCACAAACAAACUUCUUAUUUCGAUCACCGUCGUGUUCAUCCUGAGCUGGCUACCACUCAAUCUAUUAAAUGCUUAUUUUGACUACAUUAAUCCGAAACUGGAUCAUCAAGCAUUCAAAAUAACGUUCGCCAUCUGCCAUAUGUGGGGCAUGAGUUCGGCGUGCUCCAAUCCGUUCCUUUACGGCUGGCUCAAUGAUAAUUUCCGAAAAGAAUUCAAAGAGAUUUUUGGUUCAUGUUUCGGGAAACACAUCAAGCUGCAGACGCCCGUCCGGCCUGGUACGCUCGACGAGUCGGAUGCGGCUGUUAAGAAGGACAUGACCGCGCACCAUCAGUCUGUUGGCCUUGUUUCUGCGUUGCUGAAGGGCGAUAUACGAGACGAGACCGCAUCAAAGAUUAGAGACAGCGAAAGGGUAGGUACAGUUCUAGUUCAAGACGGCGACGACACAAAGGCGAAAGUAACUGUCCUCAGCGGCAGCAACGUCCCGCAAACAGGAUCACCCGUAUAGAAGGUCGUCGUGAACCAACCGCAUGGUUAGAGAAAAUGUGUUAGACAAAAGUUUUUAGCGUUCAAGCAACACAACGACGAUACGUUACAACUAGUUAUUUGUUGACUGAUUUUUAGUUAGCCUCGACUCAGUAAAUCCAAGCCUAAGCUGAGCCACUGUAAUAAGCUAUCCAGCGACCAAAUGACACCGACGAAAACACCAGCAAAAAGGUGCGAUUUCUUCUACUAAUAGCGGUGACUGGUAGCGAAACACCAAUGGCAAAUGCUACAAUCGUUGCCGGCACAAUCAAUCCAAUAUGGAGCAAACAAUAUUAGUUGUCUCGUUUUCAAUACGUAAUAAUUAACUCCGUUGAAGAUCUUCAGUGACUGGUAGUUACUCAUUCAAUCAUCUAUUUAUUACAUAGAUAGAAUGCUGUAAAAUCGUUUAGGGGCACCCUUGUACUAUAAAUUGAGUAUAUGAAUGUAGAAUGCAUUCGCAGUGUUUCAGAUCCUGCCAUAGAAAUCAGACCGAGUAAGUGAAAUGCAUCGGGUAACAACGAGAUACACAAGAAGAGGUAAUAUGUCGUUCACUAGUUGAAGUGACAAAUGAUGACAUUGACCUCAUUCCUACUUCGUUCAACAGACACAUGGAGAUAGAAACGGAGCGUAGCAAACGUGAUUUAGGUUAACCUACCC